AUGGCUGCGACCAGGAGACUAACAGUGGAGCUCGCUGAAAUCAGAAAAUCUGGACUGAGGCAUUUCCGCAACAUUCAGGUCGACGAAUCAAAUAUCUUUAGCUGGCAAGGGCUAAUUGUUCCUGAUUGUCCUCCAUAUGACAAAGGAGCAUUUCUCAUUGAGAUCAUCUUCCCUGCCGAGUAUCCCUUCAAGCCACCCAAGGUCACUUUCAAGACAAAGAUCUACCAUCCCAAUAUUGACGAGAAGGGUCAGAUCUGCCUGCCUAUCGUCAGUGUGCAGAACUGGAAACCAGACACAACAACCAUCCAAGUGAUCAAUAAUCUCAUUGCUCUGGUGAGCGUCCCCGAGCCCGAGCACUCGCUGAGGUUAGACCUGGCAGAGGAAUACGCUGAAGACCAGGGUAAAUUCAUGAAGAAUGCCGAGGAAUUCACAAAGAAACACAGUGAAGAGCGACCUACAGACUAA